UUUGGCGUUAUCUACAUUUUCUUCCACGCAAGAAGCACCAGCAACAGAGACCCCAGAGAUUACACCUGUCGGUAUAGCCAUUUCCCCAACAACAGAACCAAAUUUGUCCUCUUUGCAAACAUCAUUGAAAACGACGGUCACUGCAAAUACCACAUCUGACAUCAUGACAGGUACCGAAUCUAGUUCUUUGAGAACUACCACAGCUUCGACUCGUAUAAAAAACACGAAGACUAGAACUGUCCUUAAAACAUCAGAGAGACCAGUCAUGUCAACUUCAAACUCCUAUUCUUCAGCCCGAGAAGCACUUGCAACAGAGACCCCGGAUAUGACGUCUGUCAGUAGGUCUAUAUUCGUUUCCCAAUCAACAGAACCGGUCGUGUCCUCUUUGCAAACCUCAACGAAAAUUACAGUUACUGCAACACUUAUAUCUGAUAUCGUAACAGACACCGCAUCUAGUUCUUUGGAAACUACUACAGCUUCGACUCAUGUAAAAAAUGCAAGGACUAAAACUGUUAUAAAAACGUCAGUGACACCAAUGAUGUCCAUUUCAAAGAGAGCUUCGUCAACAAUGUCAAGUUUGGCCUUAUCUUCAUUUUCUUCCACACAAGAAGCACCAUCAACAGAAACCCCAAAGAUGACGGCUGUCAGUACAGCCAUUUCCCCAUCAACACAACCAAACUUGUCCUCUUUGCAAACCUCAACGAAAACGACGGUCACUGCAACAACCACAUCUGACAUCAUGACAGGCACACAGUUUAGUACUUUGGAAACUUCUACAUCAUCUUCUCAUGUAAAGAACACGAUAACGAAUCCUACUACAACGGGAACUAUAAUUACUACCCAAGUUUCCACGAUUUCUGCUUCCUCUAAACGCCCAACAACAACAACAACAACAACAACAAAAACAUCAACGGUGACAAAAAGCACGACAAGAGAACCUUUGAGAGGGUGUUCAAAGGCGGAUAUAUCGGUAACAAAUGCCGAACCAGACAUCAAUAUGGCCGUGGUCCCAGCGGGUACCUUAGUACAAUUCUCGUGUGUUACCGGCCAAAUUUUUCAGUCUGGGUCAACUAGAAAGAAUGUCUGGUGUUUCAACACUGAGUGGCAGACACCGUCCGUAACAUGUGUCCCUAUAUCGUGUGGGUCCAUUUCUAAGGAAAACGCCGUCUUGUCACCAAACAGAACCGAAUACGUGUAUGGAGAUGAGAUUGAAGUCACUUGCGCAGUUGGGUAUUCUUAUCCAAACGGUAGCAAGAAAGCUGCAAUCAACUGCACUGAAAGUGGUGAUUUUAGCUACAGCACACUACAUGAAUGUGAAGUUGUUCGAUGUCCGUCACCGCCAAAUGUCACUUUGACUGUCAACAAUGCCAGCACAACGGGACCUAUGCCCUAUGGUACUGUCAUAGCCUACAACUGCACUGAGAACAGAACCUAUGCAGAUGGGAGUGAAUCUAGGUCGAUGUUUUGUGCAGACAACGGAAAGUGGAGCAAAGUUAUUUCAGGUUGUUUAGAACAAGCUGUAGUGGCACCAGUGCCCCGGAAGCGGAAACACAAUCCAGAACCUAAGGAAGCUACUGGUGCAAUUGGCAUUGGAGCAGUGGGCCUGAGCGUUGUGUGCGGGCUACUGGGUUGUAUUUUGGCUCUGGAUAUCAGCACCCUUGGGAAGCACCUUAGGCUUAUGAAAAGAAAUUUAGGGUUUAGAAUCCAGAGGAAAAAAGCUCACAGGCAGCCCAUGGAACUGAUUUAAUUUUAAUUGUAAAUCAUUGGAAAAU